AUGCUCAACGAAGUACCAGGAAUGAAAGUAUUGCUUCUUGAUGCCGAAACGACACCGAUUAUUUCCAAUGUAAUGACUCAAUCUAGUCUCCUUUCACAUGAAACUUACCUAGUUGAUCGCAUUGAUAAUCGAAACCGGGAUAGAAUGCGACACCUAAAGUGUAUUUGUUUUCUUCGACCAACAAGUGAAACUUUGCAAUUAUUAGUUGAAGAACUUAGAGAUCCUCGAUAUGGGGAUUAUUAUUUAUCCGAAGUAGAUGAACAUGAAGCAGUUAGCGAAGUGCAGGAAUAUUUCGCAGAUUAUUGUGCCAUUAAUCCGGAUUUUUAUUCUUUAAAUCUUUCAUUACCACUUUAUGGGGAUUCAUUAAAUACAUGGGAUGGUAAAACGUUACAACGAACGGUGGAAGGUGUAUUGGCUAUCUUGCUUUCAUUGAAGAAAAAACCAUUAAUUCGAUAUGAAAAGAUGAGUGUAAUGGCUAAAAGACUUGCCACGGAAAUUAAAGAUCAUAUUCAACAAGAGUCGCAACUCUUCUAUUAUCGUAAAACCGAUACUCCACCUAUAUUGUUAAUUCUCGAUCGUCGUAAUGAUCCGGUGACACCUCUUUUAUCACAAUGGACUUAUCAAGCCAUGGUACAUGAAUUAUUAGGAAUUCAUAAUGGCAGAGUUGAUUUAUCAGAUGUUCCGGAUAUUCGACCUGAAUUAAAAGAAAUCGUUCUUUCUCAAGAUACGGAUCCAUUUUAUAAAAAAAAUAUGGAUUUAAAUUUAGGAGAUUUGGGAGCCAAUAUUAAAUCAUACGUUGAAGAAUAUCAAAGUAAAACAAAAUCUAAAGUAGGAAUUGAAUCAAUUGCUGAUAUGAAACGAUUUAUGGAAGAAUAUCCGGAAUUUAGAAAAAUAUCAGGAAACGUUAGUAAACAUGUAACUUUAGUUAGUGAGUUAAGUCGAUUGGUGGAAAAAGAGAAUUUAUUAGAAGUUAGUGAAUUGGAACAAAGUUUAGCAUGUUAUGAACAACAUGCAAGUGAUUUAAAGAAUUUACAAAGACUUAUUGCAAGUUCAAAGGUUUCAGAUAAUAGUAAAAUUCGAUUGGUUUUACUUUAUUCAUUGAGAUAUGAAAAGUCACCAAGUAAUUCAAUUACUUCCUUAAUUGAUGAAUUACAUCGUCAUGGGGUCAGUCAACAAAAAAUAUCGUUGAUCGCAUCAAUGAUUCAAUUUGCUGGAACCGAUAUACGUCAAGAUGAUUUAUUUUCUAAUGAAAGUUUCUUAGCCAGAGGAAAAAAUGCAAUAAUCAAAGGAUUAAAGGGUGUAGAGAAUGUAUACACUCAACAUUCACCACAUUUAAGACAAACUAUCGAAUUACUACUUAAAUGUAAAUUAAAAGAAACUAGUUAUCCAUUUAUUGAAGGUGGAACCAAAGACAGACCCCAAGAUAUUAUAAUUUUCAUGGUUGGAGGUGCAACUUAUGAAGAAGCUCGAUAUGUCGCUCAAGUAAAUUCCACAACUCCAGGGGUUAGGAUUGUUUUAGGAGGAACCACAGUGCAUAACAGUCAAAGGUUCCAACUAACAGGAGCUACGGGUACGAGACCAACAAGAUUUGGAGGAGGUGGAAGUGGAGGAAUGAAGGAUGAAAUGUUUAAUACAAAUAAAUAG